UUCUCUCUUUCCAGCUCUCUCGUCUAUCUCUCUUUGUGGAACCAGGUUGUCCUCUCCAUCUCCUUUUCAGUGGCUGGAGCUUCUGCCCAGUGUCCAGCUCUGCACCGGGCCUCCAUGAGUUUGCCAGAGGAUACGCAAUUCCUUCCUGGAAGAUGGGAAAUGCUUCAGACACAACUGCUGUGUUUACCUCCACUAUGUCCAAGGAGUGUGACGUUGUCAUGGGCUCACUCUACAUCUUAUUUUGCAUGCUGUCACUCCUGGGCAAUUGCAUUCUGCUACUUGUUGCAUAUCACAAGCGCUCAACGCUGAAGCCAGCCGAGUUCUUCAUUAUCAAUCUCUCAAUCAGUGACCUUGGGAUGACACUCUUUUUAUUCCCCAUGGCAAUAGCAUCAUCUUUUUCACACAGGUGGCUGUUUGGAGAGAUCGCCUGUCAGCUCUAUGCAAUGUGUGGAGUAUUGUUUGGUCUCUGCAGCCUGACAAACCUCACUGCCCUCUCCUUUGUGUGCUGCCUGAAAGUCUCUUUUCCAAAUCACGGCAACAAGUUCUCUUCGGCACAUGCUCGCCUCCUAGUGGCUGGAGUGUGGUGUUACGCGUCAGUGUUUGCCGUGGGGCCUCUGGCACAGUGGGGACGAUACAGCUCGGAACCUUACGGCAUGGCCUGUUGCAUUGACUGGCACGCGCCUAACCAAGAGCUUUCAGCUUUGUCGUACAUUGUCUGCCUUUUUGUAUUUUGUUACGCGUUGCCCUGCACCAUCAUCUUCCUCUCCUACGCGUCCAUCCUGCUUACAGUGCGAGGGUCUCGUAAGGCUGUCCAGCAGCAUGUGUCGCCACAAACCAAGACUACCAGUGCGCAGUUUCUUAUUGUCAAGCUGUCAGUAGCAGUGUGUAUAGGCUUCCUCGGUGCUUGGACUCCCUAUGCCGGUGUGGCCAUGUGGUCAGCGUUCAAUGAUGCCACACAGGUGCCUCCUUCAGCAUUUGCCGUGGCCGCAGUGUUUGCAAAAUCCUCCACCAUCUAUAACCCAGUGGUCUACCUGCUGUGUAAGCCUAACUUCCGCGAGUGUCUCUACAGAGACACGUCCAUGUUACGGGAGAGGGUCUAUAGGUCAAGUCCACUGUCAGAUUUGAAAGAACGAUUGGGUUCCACCCCGCAGCGCAACAAAGACACAAGCAUCACCACGCGCUUCUCAAAUGGGCAAGUGGACAACUGUGAGGCGUUUCUUCACUACACUGACAAUCCAGCCAAGUUUCAGGUGACCACACCCCAAAGGACUGCUUGCAUUCCGACUGGAUGUGUUCACAUAGAGGUGACACUCAGCCAGCUUGCGGCCAAACCACUGGCUAACUUCCUCUAGUGGGGCUGCCUCCUCCACUCAUGAGGCAAACAAGACAAGACAAGCAAGCACUCAGAAACACAUAACUUCACCAGGAAUGGACAACAAAGCAGAGAGGGUUUAUAGUGUACACGUUGGAAGACUUUACUAAAUUGCAAGAUUGGGAGCUUCCAUUGUAUUCCCAUUCUCUACGUCAUGGGAGUAAAACUUAACUUUCACUGCCAUUGAUGGCUGUUGAAUUCAAAUAUCCACAUUAACAUGGAGGAAUGACAGUGAAUGAGUUCAGGCCCGUUGGUGGGCCAGACAUAAUUGUUUUGUCUACUUCUUGUUUCUUGUUGAAUGGAUGUGUUCUUUUCUUUUUGGCAGAAAUUCUUUGUCACUUUUUUACAGAUAUUACAAGCAAAAAUACAAAAUACCUUCCCAGUAUAAAUUGAAGAAUACGCAGUGUAUCCUUGAGAUAGGAGUGCCUUGACAUUUUCGGGAUACAAGUUGUCACUUGGACAUUUUUUGGUCUUGAGACACGAGCAUAAUUGGAGAUACGAGUGCACUUCAGACCCCCCCCAAUGCGACAUGGCGCCAGGAAAUUUGACAACAUCCAGCCAUCAUUAAUUCACCUUGGUUUCCUUGCUUGACGGGCAAUAUGAAUUGAUGGCACAAAUACACCAUUAAGAUGAUUUGUCAACUGCCAAUAAACCCCACCGAAGAAAAACAAGGCAGGAGAAUACCUUCGAUACAGUUGCAUUUUCCGUGCCAGCGGUUACAUGGAGAGCAAAUGUUAUAAAGGGGUGUGUAGGUUUUUGUCAGUCAUUGGGGCCCUUCAAGGGAACCUAUAACUAAAUGUCGCUCGCGAUGAAAAUGAGUUUAAAACCCUGUCAUAGAGAAAUGCCAGCGAUAAAGAUCUGCUAGUUUUUAUCUUUUCAAACCAGAAUAAUAGGAACAAUUUUGUCUGUUGAUGAGGCACCUUGACCUCUGUUGUCUCAAUUUACAGCAGUUCUUUUUCUGAAUUACUGAAUUAUAAGUAGCUUUCUAACAAGAGAGAUAGAAGGAACCCCUCUAGCUUCUAAGCUAAUUUGAAUGUCAUUUUAAAUGAGCGAAUCAUCUUUUGCAUAAAACAAAGCAUAGUGUGAGGACACCUGCCUGUGUAAAUGUCAAACAUGUUCAAGUGUGGGUUUUGUCUCUUUGAAAUUAUGUACAAAUGUUCUGUAUGUCGACAUCCUUGUGACAAAGAGGUUAACAGUUUCUGUACAUGUUCUGUCUUGAUCGCCACACUCAAUUCAUUCAUUCAUCUUCCGUUUCGCUUAUCCUCACGAGGGUCGCGGGCGUGCUGGAGCGGAUCCCAGCUAUCUUCGGGCGAGUGGCGGGGUACACCCUGAACUGGUCACCAGCCAAUCGCAGGGCACAUAUAAAAAAUAACCAUUCACACUCACAUUCACACCUAUGGGCAAUUUAGAGUUGUCAAUUAACCUAACAUGCAUGUUUUUGAGAUGUGGGAGGAAACCGGAGUACCCGGAGAAAACCGGGAU